AUGUCAUAUACUGUACAGCUAUGUGCGUUUGUGAGAUAUCACUGGUAUUUAACUGCGGAAAUGAAAGGCUUAAUGUGUUUCAGCUUGUCACAUUCCAAAAUUCGAUUUGCUAUGUUUCGUCAUCCAAAUUCCACUCCGUCACGGCCAUCGGCACAAGGUGACCCAGGUAUGCUGAAGCCACCAAAAGCUCCUGAUCGUCCACUUGUACCGUAUAUGCGAUACAGCAGAAAGUUAUGGGCGAAGGUUCGUGCUGAGCAUCCGGACAGUCAGUUAUGGGAUAUUGGCAAAAUUAUUGGGCAUAUGUGGCGUGAUGCUCCUGAAUCUGAAAAAUUAGCUUAUCAGCAGGAAUAUGAAAUCGAAAAGGCUGAGUAUGAGAAAGCUCUAAAGGCUUAUCAUAAUUCUGCAGCUUAUCAGCAGUAUCUCUCAGCAAAAAACAGAGCGAAAAUGGCAGAUAAGUCUGGAACUGUUGGAAGUGUGAUUGCUAACUCUCGAGGGCGUUUAGAAAGUGGUGGGGUUGUUAUACAACCGGCUGAAGACGACGAACCUUCAGAUCUUUCUUCUAGACGCGUAGCAGCUAUAAGGUUUGAUAGAAACCAUAGGUUAAUUGCUGACCUCUUCAAUGGAAGUGUGGUGACGGACACGCGCACCAUAGUUGUACAAAAUCGGAUUGAUAUGUUGAAGAAGCAAGCUAAUUCUUUAUCGACUCAUCAGGUAUUGAAUGCUGAUAAGAAGGCAGGAAAUAGGAUUUGUUUUUCUCAGAGUAAACUGGAAGAAGAGUUGAAAAAUCUUGAAACGACAUUUAAUGAAAAAAAACGUCAAAUGGAGACAUCGUCUGACGAAUUUGCUGCGAGGCUGAAAAAAGUUUGUGAGGAAAGACCGCAGAUUGAUGAAGCGAAAUAUUUGCAAAUGACAGAAGAGUGGGAAAAAAAACUGUUGAAAGCAUACAAAGAAAUAACAGCGAAGGAAGAGGAAAGGAAAAAGCGCCAAAUAGUGGAAAGGGAGCAGCUGGCUGAAGAAACUCCUAUUCUCUACAGUCUAACUGUUGGUGAAUCAUCGCCUUCGCCGAAGAACAAAGGUAAGGAACCUGCAUCUCCUGUGGUGACACCAGCUCCAGCUGAAGAGGAGAAGAAAGUUGAAGAGAGUAAGCCGGAACCUAUGGAAACUGAUACAAAAACAGACCCUCCACCAGCGCCCGCGCCUGCACCAGAACCGACUAAAGAGGAAGAACCUCAAACUAGCACGCCGGAGCCUGCUGCUAUGGAACCACCGACAUCACAGGCUUAA